GGAAGAGAGAGAGAGGCAUGAUGACAGCACACAUGCCAUUCUCAACCCAUGCAUGGAGAAUGGGAUGAUGAAUGAUGAUGGCGUUUUCUCUUAGUUCUUAACAAAAAUUUCUCCUUUCUGGUUGGUGUGUCGUUGUAGUAGUUUCUCUGAUUUUUCCCUUGAUUAUCUGACGAUUCUGACCCAACAAUCCCUCCUUCCUCUCUCUCUCUUUCUACACUCCACUUUCUCUCUCUCUGAAUUCGCUCUUUCACAGUCAUUGAUGCGCCUCGUCCUUCUCCUUCACGCCGCACCGUCCACCAACAACGCUCCUCACUCCCUUUCGCAUUCCUCUUUAAGCUGCUCGAGACGAAAGGCCCCGUCUUUUUGUUUUCCGAGCGUUCUUGCUUUUAUAACUGGGGACUCCUCCUUCUUCGCUCUGUGUGGUGUUGAAGCUCGACUCUGAUUUCUUGAUGGGAUUUUCGAUGGAAUCGUCUUAUACGUCUGCCCGGUUUCUGUGACUGGCUAAUGUGAGUUCCGGUCAUCUGUUGGUUUAUUGUGAGGACAACUGUUCCGAAGGGAUCCAUUCCGUUUUCUUAUUGAGGAGUUGGCAGUGGAGCUUGUCCCUGUAUGCCAGAGAGGAUUUUGGCUAUUCAGCAAAUGACAGGAAACAGAAAGGGACUAGAUAUUGAUGAUUUUGAGAAGCUUCUCGGUGAAAUACCCAAUGCUACUUCUGGAUUUCAACAGCCUGAGGAUGCUGGACUUGAAAGGGUGUCCUUGGGCGAUUCAACGUCUCCUAUCUUGCUUGAGACUAGCAAAGGGCCUCACAGUGAGAAAUUUCCAAACAAUGGCAGUUUGCCCGAGAGAAAAGCAUCAGCUGAUCAAGUUGACAAGAUCCCUCAAGUGAAUGAAUUAAGACUGCCUGAUGAACAAUCUGUUGCCUUUGCAUUUGCAGAUUUGAAUUUGGAGAAUGGUUUGGCUGGGGAAGCUGUGUGCAUUCCUUCAGCUAAUGGCAUGCCUAUGCAUAGUACUCCCUUUUUAUUGGAUAGCCAACAUUGCAACAACUUAAAGAUUCAUAAUCUAACUGCACAUUCACAGUGGAACACUGUCUAUCCUUUUCAGACAGGAAUUAGUGCUCCCUCUGGUUUUGAUGUCUUCUCUGGGACCCAAAUUGGCCAAGGGUGUCUGGAUUUGAGUAAAUUUGAUGCUCAAGGUCUAAAGCAGUGGCAAGUUAGUGGUUUUCAGUCGGUCAGUAAUUUCAAUGCUUCAACGCCAACAACUAAUGGGUUCCAUUUGCUGCACAAUCUACAUGUUCCUGCUGUAGAAUUUCCCCUAAGGUCUAACCAGAAGCAAUGCUUCAGUACACUAUCCCCACUUCCUUGGUUUCCUAGACAACAUAGGAAUGAGUGCCCGAUUCUUUGGAGGAACACAGAGGAGGAAAACUCUCACCUAAUGUGGAAGCAAAACCUUCAUGUCCAGCAGAAUGUUGAUAGUCAGGGGGAAGAUGAACUUCCGGUCCAAGUGAGUGCAAAUUAUGUGAACGGGAUACUGCAUGAAAAUCAAAGGAUGCAGCGCAACCAGGUACCGGGAUCUCACCAAUUUGAACAAUUUGAGCAAGGAAAAUUCUUGAACAAUUAUGUGAAUGCAAGAUGCCCGAAGCAAGCAAAUUUUGGGCUUUUCCCCACAGAUGUUCGCAAUGUGCAAGUUUUGGACAGAAAAUUGCAAGGGAGUUCUACCAGAAAGAAUCUAACUAGACUGCACGACUUGAAUUCACCAAGAAUUUUGAAUUUUGGUUCAGGAAAUGUAGCACUUAACCAUGUCACUGAAAAUGGAAGUCAAGCCUUAAAUGGCCUACACCACUGCUGCCUGUGGAAUCCGACUGCUAGAUGCUAUAUGGCAGAUGAUUCUCACUUUUGGUUCUUAUCCUCCGACGGAACAUAUAUUAAAAGUUGUGACCCUAGGUUGCUAUAUCAGAAGACUAAAACUGUGGAUGAAGUCGGCGGUAGAAUUCCUCUCAUGGCUAGGGACCAGCAUGGUUGCCGCUUAUUGCAAAAGAAGAUAACAGAGGGGCCCCAGGAGGCUGUUGACAAGAUCUUUUAUGAGGUCAUUGACUGCAUAGUUGAGCUAAUGACAGAUCCUUUCGGGAAUUACUUAGUGCAGAAGCUUCUGGAAGUUUGUCGUGAAGAUCAGCGAACACGGAUGCUUCAAGAGAUCACUAGGAAACCAGGGGAUCUUGUUCGAAUCUCAUGUGAUAUGCAUGGGACCCGAGCUGUUCAAAAAGUCAUUGAGACCCUCAGAACUCCGGAGCAUAUUUCAAUUGUGGUUAAUUCUCUGAAGCCAUGUAUAGUGACAUUGAUGAAAAACAUGAACGGCAAUCAUGUUGCCCAGCGCUGCUUGCAGUUCUUAAUGCCUGCUUACACUCAGUUCCUUUUUGAAGCAGCAGCUGCCAAUUGCGUUGAGCUAGCAACGGAUCGCCAUGGCUGCUGUGUGCUUCAGAAAUGCCUUAGUCGUUCUGUAGGGGAGCAUAGGAAACAUCUGAUCUCUGAAAUAGUUCCAAAUUCGCUAAUCCUUUCCCAGGAUCAAUUUGGGAACUAUGUUGUGCAAUACAUCUUUGAGCUUCAAGUCUCCCAGGUAGUAAAAAUUCUUGAUCAGUUGGAAGGCAGAUUUGGGGACUUAUCUAUGCAAAAAUAUAGCAGCAAUGUUGUCGAGAAAUGUCUGACACAUUCUACUUGGGAAGGUCUGAGACGUGUAAUCCAGGAGCUUAUUGAUGAUCCUAGGUUAGAUCAAAUCAUGCAAGAUGCCUAUGGCAAUUAUGUCAUCCAAGCUGCAUUGAACAUAUCAGAGGGAGCUCUUGAAGAUGCACUAGUGGAGGCAAUAAGACCCCACAUCCCCGUGCUGCGAACCAGUCCAUAUGGGAAGAAAGUUCUCUUGUCAAGCAACCGUCUGAAGAGGCUGUAUCUCUAGAGAAAAGAGUCUCGGGCUCCUCUGCCGUCUCUGUCUUCAUCGAGGGGUUGGUGCUGCUAAGCCUUUGAUCACUUCGAGUGUAAUUACUAUAUAUUGCAAAAGCAUGUGGAGGAAAGCUUCGAUGUCCUGAAGUGCAGAUACGAGGCCAAUCUCAAAUAAAUUGCAUGAACAGAAGUUCAUUUUGGUUAUUUUGAUGUUUUGCUUGUCAUUGAGCUAGUUGCAAGUUUUGCAUGACAUACACUGCAGAGAGAUAAACGGAACUGUAAAGAUGUAGAGAAAGAGAGUGGUUCUUGAGUUCAUGCUAACAAUGGUACUCGGGUCAUUUGCCUGGUUAUCUAUCUUGAUGUACACCUCCUUUUAAUGGAC